UAAACAACAUUUAAUUCAUUUACGAUUUGGAAAUUCGUUCGUUCGUAUUAGCAUAUUUUGUAAUGUUCUUGUUGAUUUCGCAAAGAUAGUUAACUAAAUUUUAAAGAUGCCGGCGAUGGAUGUGGACACUGCCCUCUCAACCAUAGGUUAUGGGUUUGGUCAGGUGAUCAUUUUCAUGGUGAGUUUCUUCAUAUACAUGUACUCCGUAACUGAGUCCAUGACUGCUGGCUAUCUCGUGGUCCUGACCUCCUGCGAGUUCGAUACCUCGCAUAAAGAGAAGACCCUAUUGGCCAACUCCCUGUUGGCCGGGAUGGUAGCUUCCGGAUUGUUCAUUGGCUUCCUGGCGGACAGGUACGGCCGCAAGUUCGUUAUCCGGUUGGCACUCGUAGGAGCGCUGUCCUUUUCGGUGAUCUCUGCUUUCAUGCCGGAUCUGUAUUCGCUUUCUGUGCUUCGGAUGAUUGUUGGAACAUUUCUCUCGGCGGUUGCAUCUCUGCAGGUAGGAUUCCUCGGCGAGUUCCACGCAAUCAAGUGGCGACCAAUCACGGUAGCCAUUUGUAGCCAAUCUCAGGGUCUAGCUCUGAUCUACUGUCCACUGGUGGGCAUGGCUAUUCUGCCCAACAACUUCAAUGUGGACAUCAGCAGCAGCUAUAACCUACGUGUAUGGCGAUUCCUAAUGAUGUUCUUCAUGAUUCCCGGCUGGUUGGCCCUCGUCGGAAUCUGUCUGGUGCCGGAGACGCCGCAUUUUCUCAUGUCUGUCAAUAAGCCGGACCAGGCCCUCCUGGCCCUGAAGUGGAUAUGCCGGAUGAACAGGAAGAAGUGGGAGGACGUCGACAUAACUUUGAGUGCAGAGACAUCAAGUUCGACCGAUCAGGGAGGCUUCUGGAAGACUGUGUGGUACGAGUAUAAACUGCUCUUUUCCAAACCUCACGUCUUCAAGUUUUUUAUUUGCCUCUUCCUUAUUUUUGGGAUAUUUUUUACAUCCAUUGGAUUGGGCAUCUGGUUUCCAGUUAUCCGCAACAUGGACAACUCUGGCUCGAACCGUUUAUGCGACCUUGUCAAUAAUAACCCAACAUUCACAAAUCGUGAAGGUGAUGAUACCAAUAGCACGGAUUCGGAGUCAUCAAAGUGCAACGAUGAGAUGACCAACCUGAUCGAUCCGGUCUACUACGGCUUAACCUACAUUGCAUGUUUUAUCCUGGCCUCUGUAUUGGUGCAUUGCAUGACCCGGAAGUAUGUGAUUGCCCUGCACAUCUUGAUCUCUAUGGUCCUGGGCAUAUCGCUAAAUAUCAUGAAGCAGUCGACAGUGGUGCUAAUCUUCUUCGUGCUAAUGAUGGUGUUGCCUGGUGUCCUGAUCCCACUUGCCACCUCGGUACUAGUCGACUGUCUUCCGGUCAAUUUGCGAGGAAAGGCACUCUGUAUGGUGAGAUCCCUGGCGCGGUUUGGUGGCGUGUUGGGCAGCACCAUGAUUGGACUCUUUAUAAGGGUCACCUGUGAUGUAACCUUUAACAUCUUCAAUCUCUGCCUGGCGAUUUGCGUCGUUUUGGCUGUCUUCCAACCCAAGGACAUAGUGACAUAAUGCUGUCUGAUCGUCUAAAUUAUUAUGUGUUGUAAUGUCGAUAGUGUUUGAAUAAAGUUUUAAAC